AUGUAUUUUAUUCUAUCUCCCUGUGUCCUCGGUCUUCCUCUAAGGAGGCUCCACUGCACCCGUAACUACGUCCACAUCCAACUCUUCCUUUCCUUCAUCCUCCGAGCCACCUUCAUCUUCAUCAGAGAUGCUGUGCUCUUCUCCUCUGAUGACCACUUCCACUGUGACGCCUACCCGGUCAGCUGUAAGAUUGCAACAACGUUCUCCAACUACUGCAUCAUGGCCAACUACAGCUGGCUGCUGGCCGAGGGACAUUACCUGUACAGCCUGGUCAGUGUCUCCCUCUUCUCCCAGAAGAGGCACCUCAGAUGGUACAUCGUCCUGAGCUGGGGUUCUCCAAUGGUCGUUAUAGUAGCCUGGAGUUUGGCAAAAUAUAUCCAGGAGAAUGAAGGGUGCUGGGAGAGGAGGGGACACGAGGGGAUCUGGUGGAUUCUCAGAGUUCCUGUUCUCUUCUUCAUCGUUGUUAACUUGCUGUUUUUUCUGAGUAUCAUAAGAAUCCUGGUGGCCAAGUUGAGGACACAGGAAAUGCAUGGAUAUGAGUUUAACCAGUACAGGAGGCUCGCUAAGUCCACCCUUCUCCUGGUAUCUCUCUUUGGUUUGCACUACGUCCUCUUUGCAUUCCUCCCACAUAAAGUCAGUGAAAUAUGGAACUUUAUCGAGCUGGCUUUCGCCUCCACUCAGGGGUUUGUAGUAGCAGUUCUAUACUGUUUUCUGAAUGGAGAGGUUCAGUAUGAGGUUCAGAGGAGGUGGAGGCGAUGGUGGCUGAAGCAGCAUCUACCUGGGGAGGCCAGGCGCCAACAUUGCUCCAUGAGUCAGAGUGUAGGGGCCCAUACCCAGGUCUCCUUCCUGACCCGGGGACCCUCCACACGCCAUUCUAGUCUGGUGUAGCACAUCCAGUCACUCCUCACUGCCUAUACUGUACCUACGAGGCUUUGUCAAUGGAUAGGUGCCAUGUGUGUUCCACAGUCAAUCUGUGACAUUCUGACAUUCCCAUUUGACUCUUGAAGGAUGAGGCCUCUUUUUUGUUAACGUACUGUUGAGUGUAUUUGAUCUGUUUGACCGGCAUGGCAUUUGGUGACAGGACUGGACCUUUGGUUGUGGGGUCAAAACGCUGACAACCUUUCUGUGCAUGGCUUUACUAUUCUGCCCUUUCCUCAUCCUCACCUGCAGGCACGCACGGCACACACUGCAUGACUAUCAGGAAUGAAAGAGACUCGUGCCUGCACCUGCCUAUUGUAAAAUUGUAAAUAUGACCAGGCGUUCUAAAGGACCAUGUAGACAUGCUUAAUUUUAUUUACUGACUUUCUAACAUGUAUAUUCCAAGUGUUACAUAAGAUAUGUGUAUGUUUAACCAUGAAAACAAGAGCUGUUGUAAAGUAAUUUGUGUGAAUGUGUUGGUGACAGUUCCUAGAAUCAAUUUAACCAUGCUGUGUUAGUUAUAUUACAUGUCCUUCACACAGGAACAAUGAUGGUACGACUUGAUGGCAAUGAGAAGAUCAACUCUCACAAUAAAUGUCAUAAAUGUAUUAUAAAAGUAAUUAUCCUUCCUAUCUCUUACUGGGUUGUUUAAUCAGUUACCACUGGCUUACAUACUGUAGCUACAGUGGGGGGAAAAAAGUAUUUAGUCAGCCACCAAUUGUGCAAGUUCUCCCACUUAA